AUCACUGACACCAGCAGGAGUCCUCCGGCACGUUAUUGGCAAUCAGGCUCCCAGAGGGCCUGCACUCUGCUCUGAUCUGCCACUGGGUCGCCAAGUCAGACAACGGUGCCUCGCCACGCCUCACAGUGGAGGGGAUUGGUGUCCUUGCCCUCACUUUUCCGUGUCGUUUCAUGAGGAGAGGAGACCUACGAGGGUUGAAGUUGUGAUGUUAACGGCGGCCAGGACAGUGGCGGCAGUGGUGCUGGUGCUCGCCGGCCACCCUCGCACCGCUGAGGCCAGAAUCGGGACGUUCUGGCACGUAACGGACUUCCACUAUGAUCUUAACUACACCACGAGCGGCGACCCGAAGAAGAUGUGCUGGGACACCAGAGAUGUUUCCCGUAGCGUGGGUGAAUUUGGCGACUACUCUUGCGAUGCGCCUUUUUCCCUUCUGACCUCCGCGGUGAACGCCAUGAAGAGAUUUAAGAGUAACCCGGACUUUAUUUUAUGGACGGGGGAUGACACCGCGCACGUCCCCAAUGAUUACUUCAGCACCGAGGUUGUUGUCAACAUCGUGGCCAACCUCACCGACCUCAUCGCCAGCCACUUCCCGAACACCCCGGUCUUCCCUGUUCUGGGCAACCACGACUACUACCCAAAGAACCAGAUGCCGGUGGGCCCAAAUCGUCUACAGUCAGAAGUGGCCGAUCUGUGGAAGAAAUGGUUUCAACAGCUCGAGGGACACGAAGAAAACGUGUACGACAGCUUCAAUUCCAGUGGCCGGUACGUGGCGGACGUGGCAGGAAGCAAGGUGACGGUGGUGGCGCUCAAUACGCUCAUCUGGUACAAGAGUAACAAUGAGACUGCCUUGCUACCCAACACGAGCUCUGACGGCCUGGACCCCGAUGAACAGUUCUCUUGGGCCAAUAAACUCCUGACAGAGCUGGCGAAGAAAGGCCGCAAGGUGUACUUGGUGGGACAUAUUCCCCCCGGAACCUUCGAGCGGUACCAGCAGGAGAGGAAGGGUUUCCACUGGUACCAGCCACGGUACAACGAGCGUUUCAUUCAGCUGGUGCAGCAACACGCCCACGUGAUAGAGGCUCAGUUUUUCGCCCACCACCACACGGACUCUUUCAGACUGUUCUUUGAGGAAAAGAAGAACCAAGAACAACGAAUACCCAUAUCCUACCAGCUGUUGAGUCCAGGAGUCACACCAUGGCGCUCCACUCUCUCCGAGGAGACUGGCGCCAACAAUCCAGGCAUCAGAUUGGUCUAUUACAAUACCACAACUGGCAAGGUGGUGGACGUGUCGACCUAUUACCUCGAUCUGUCUGCAGCGAAUCUGGAGGGCCGCGCUGAGUGGCAGCUCGAGUACAACUUCUCGUCCACGUACAACUUGAUGUCACUCAAUCCUGUCGCCUUGUACGAGGUCGCAAAGAACAUGAAGGCCAACAGGACUGUGUUCGAUCUCUACUACCGAGCUAACACCGUGGGACUUGAGGACCCUGAGAAGUGCACCGAGAAGUGUCGUCUGCUGCACUACUGUGCCAUUACCGAAAUGAACUACUCUCGCUUUUAUGACUGCAACAACGGCGUCAGGCCCUCCUGGCGGGUUGCGCUCGCUGUGGUGCCCUUUCUCCUAGUGCUGGUGGCCCGCUAGUCACCCAGGCCGUGAUGUCGUGUUUCGAGACGCUGCGAUCAAUAUUUAUGGUGAGAUUAGUGUACAUUUUAGCAUUUUGUCACUGAUAUCCAUAUACAUACACAUACGAACAUGUGUGUGUGUGUGUGUGUGUGUGUGUGUGUGUGUGUGUGUGUGUGUGUGUGUGUAUAUAUAUAUAUAUAUAUAUAUAUAUAUAUAUAUAUAUAUAUAUAUAUAUAUAUAUAUAUAUAUAUAUAUAUAUAUAUAUAUAUAUAUAUAUAUAUAUAUAUAUAUAUAUAUAUAUAUAUAUAUAUAUAUACGUUAUAAUUAUUAUUAUUAUUAUUAUCAUUAUUGUUACGUCAUAUUAAAAUUAAAGCUAUUUUAACGGAAUUAGUGUUCGUCCUUGAUAAGCCUUGGCUCGCUGGUGUGUUACCAUCAUGUGACAUCUGUAAGAUCAACAGAAAACUUUUCAACAUAGUGAUCCAUCGAUUUGCAGUUGAAGUUGCCUUCCAAGCAAGUAAAUAAUCACAUUCAUUCUCUCUCUCUCUCUCUCUCUCUCUCUCUCUCUCUCUCUCUCUCUCUCUCUCUCUCUCUCUCUCUCUCUCUCUCUCUCUCUCUCUCUCUCUCUCACCACCGAAGACAUAUUUUCAUGUUAAAGUAGUUACAAAAGGUGCCCGGGACGGAGAGAACCAUGCAAUCAAGCCACAGUUUCUGUUUGCAUGAAGAUCUUUGUAGCAUCAUGUUUUGAUUCGCAUGUGCAUGUCUUUGAAGAAUCUGUGGUGAAGUGGUAAAGCUGUGACCUGGUAUUUCCACCUUUGAUUACAGAUCCGAUCUCGAUUUCUAACGUUCUUCAUCACAACUGGUCAACACCACCACCACCACCACCACCACCACCACCACCACCACUAC